GACAACCUGAAGCGUGUGUUUUAGAUUGUCUUCCUUGUGUUGUUAGUUUGCUUAUAUCGUGUUAAAAGUUACACUUGCAUCAUCAAAAUUCGCCAUGGCUAUCUUUGUAUGGUUGACAUCACUGGUAGCAGUUAUGGUUCUGCAGUCUGCUAAUAAUCCAGAGGAUAAAAUUAGCAUAGAACCAGUAUUCACCUUCGACCCCGCUGACCUAGAAUUUAUAGAUUACGAGAAUAUGACUUUUGGAUGCCCUUAUACUUGUCAGGAGAUCAUAAUGAGUGUUCUGAUUGGUGCAUUGUUCCUUGCAGCUGUCUAUCAACACAAACUACUCAAGAGAGAAAUUAAAGAAAUGAAAACAGUUUUCGGCCAAUGUAUUAAAAGUGAUAAAGAAAUGUCUGAUGUUUCAAACUUUUACUCAGACACAGAAUGCCUAAUUAAAGAUAUGAAAAGAAAGUCGAAGGCUAUGGAGAAGAGAUACAACAAGAUUGAAGAAAUCAUUCCUGGAAAGGGGGAUCUAGAACUAAUUAAAGACGAUGUAGACUAUCUCAAAGACAGUUGGUCCAAUCAAUACACGACUUUCAACUUGCUGGACAUAAAUUUGAAAGUACAGGCCAAUAGCGAAAAAUUAAAAGUCCAGUUGGCUGAAAUUCGGGGACGUUUUGAUCAAUAA